AUGGGCAUUUUGCCACGCCCACUGUUUACUGUCAGCGGAUUAUAAUUGUACCUUUUUUUGCGAUAAAAAGCAUCUUGUUGUGUUUUUUUAACUGCUUCGGCAGUUUGACAAACACAUUAAACACUUCUUUAUUUCGGAUUAAAUGGCGGAUUCGGAUCGAACACUUUAAAGCGGUUUUAAUGGCGUCUUCAACGACGCUCGGUGAGUUCAUGCUCACUCUCAGUGAAAUGGGAUUCACUGAGGAUCAGAUUCAGGCAGCAUUUCAGGCUGGAUGUUUCUCUGUACCAGAGGCAGCUGAAUGGAUUGUACAGGGUGGUAGUCCGAGACACACAUUAGUGCCACAUUCUGGGCAAAUUUCAAAUGCUAUCACUGCGUUUAACAGGCCUAAAGAUGUUCAAGGAGCUCAGACUGAGGCAAAAGGUGCUCAUUUGGUCCUGCAUCAUCCUACAGCAGAAACUGAACCUGUAAAGUCUCGAGUAAAGCAGAGCGACGACUUUCUCUAUCAGGAGAGAAAGCGAGCAGCAGAACAGGCUCGGGCUGAGAAGAGACAAAUCCUACAGGACCGAGAGUUAAUCUUGAAACGGAUAGCGGACGAUCGGCGCGCUCAGCAAGAGAAAAACACUGUCUCACCAACUGUCAGUGAACGAGAGAAACCGAGCGAACGAGUGCAGAGCAACACAGACAACUGCAUUCUAAUGAUCCGUCUCCCCACCGGCGAGCCUUUACGUGUGUGUUUUCCAGCAGAUGCCCCUCUUCAGGCCGUCGUCAACCAUGUCACUUCCCUCCAUCCGUCUCUUCCACCAUUCACACUUUUAAACGGUUUUCCUCGUCGUCGCUUCAGUGGUAGUGACUUAUCCCUGACGCUGCACACUCUCGGUUUAACGCCGAACGCCGCACUCGUCCUUCAGACCACUGCCACUCCUGAUCCCACCAUCCCUGCUCCCGUCCAUGAACCCGAGCCACCUCACAGUGACCCUCCUGCACAGCUGAGACCAGAGGAAUUACAACAUCUUGUAGCUCCACCCCAGUUUCAGCCAAUGCAAUGGGAAGAUAUGAUGCAUGCUAGGAUUUCUGGAGCUCAUCACCAAUGGGGCCGUGGACACAGACUGGUGCCAGGAGAAGAUGCUGGUGGUGAUGUCACUGAUGAUGAUGAUGAUGAUGAUGAAGAUGAAGAGCAGGCCCUGGCAGAUAUGAAUGCUGUACCUCGCCUUCCGUUCUUUAAUGAGCUCAGAGAUCAGGAUCAGCAUUUCUGGCAAAAUGAGGGAAACCGACUCGGGGAUCCAGAUGCCUUAGUAAAUCCAGAAGAAGGCAGAGUUUUACCCGGUGAGGCAGCAAUGCAGCGUUUACAGAGAAAUGAUCAACAGCAUCAUCAUCACACUGAGUCUCUGGUUCCCUACAAGAAACCCUGCAAUGUUCCCAAACUUGUCACCAUGGCAACACAUGCUGCCAUAUCUCUCAUCAAUGCUCCUUAUAUGCAGUUCGUCAGCAGUUUUUCAUGUUUGACCGCAGAGCUGACUGAACGUUUGUUAGGUCAAAUGAUCUCAGAUCGUUUGCUGAACCCUCGAACUCUUCAGCUUUUCAUUGGCUGCUCACUUGGGACACUGAUAUUAAACAGCUACCCGUACACCACCAACACACUGCUGCAGCAACUCGGCACAUUUACACACCUCACACACCUCAGCCUGGUCAACUCGCCACUAAUUACUGAUUGUGGGCUGUCUGUGUUGCUUAAACUGGUGAAGCUGCAGUAUCUGAAUCUCUCGUCCUGCUCUAAACUGACUGAUGGCUGUUUACACCACAUGCUACCUCUCAGGUCCUUGUGUGUGUUGAUUCUGGAUCAGACCAAAGUGAACGAUGCCGGUCUGCUGGUCUUCCUCCACUCGUCUCCUCCUGCGCUUGCUCACCUGAGUUUAAACCAAACUGCUAUUACAGAGGAAACGCUUAGUGCACUGCAUGUGUGUGUACCACAGCUGCGACAGCUCAGCAUCACACACACCAGGGUGUGUGACGUGUCCACUCUGGCCGAUCUUCACAAUCUACAGACUCUUCACCUCGACUACACUCAGGUUAAAGAAGAAUCUCUGCAGUGUCUUUCAUCUCACCGGACUCUAUCAUCGCUAAGUCUUCAUGGUAUCCCUGUCAGUAGCGGUAAUCACACACUCCAGAUCCUCUCAGGAUUAAAUCUGACACAGUUAACACUCCCUGGACGUCAUUCAGUGACCGAUGCUGGGCUUUUCUUCCUCUGUACACACUCUCUGCUCUCUGUGCUCGACCUAAGCGACUACACACACAUCACUGACCAGGGCAUUGCACAACUGGGAAAAAUGACUCGGCUGAAGAAGCUUUCGUUGAGUAACACUCCGCUCACUGAUGUGGGUUUAUCAGCUCUGUCGUCUCUCACCCUCCUGAUGGACGUGUGCUUAAACCGAACAGCUGUGACAAGUCGUGGAGUCACUGACUUCAUCACACGCCUGCCUUACCUACAGGUUCUAGGUUUGUCUUGCACACAGGUGGGAGAUUCGGUACUGAAAGCAUUUAUUCAUUGCAACGAGCUGAUCAAACUGAACCUGAGCAAAACACGCAUCACUGAUCGGGGAUUAAAGUUUCUUCAUGGUAUGAAACUGAGUCAGGUGAAUCUGGACGGUACCGGUGUUACUGCAGAGGGCGUAGCCAAGCUUAUCUCCACCUCUCCUCACUUGAUCAGCAUCCGUGCUAAUAACACGAGACCGGUCCCUGCUGAACGACAAAGCGAUGAUGAUGACGGUGAAGAUGGGCAACGACACCGAGACAUCUCUGAUUAGGCUACUUUGUGCAUGCGCAAACACACGCACACGCACCCACACACACACACACACACACACACACACACACACACACACACACACACACACACACACACACACAUACACACACACAAAGAAACAUUGCUUCUGCCAUUUAACGCAUCUUAAUCCUGUUAUUAAUAGCACUAAUAGUUUUAUUAUAGAAAACAUUUAUCAAACACUUAAGAUAGCUUUACCAAAAAAAAACAACAAAUGCAAUAAUGAUAAUAAUGAUAUUAUUAAUAUUAUUAAUUAUAUUGCUGUAAUAUUCCUAUCCAAUAGGCUUGUUUUGUUUAGCCUGAACUGAAACCUUCUUUGGUCUGGUUUAGGGCUAACGAGGAGGCUCAGGCUCUAAAUUCCAACACAGGUUUAUUAUUACAUGAAUAAUAAUUAAUAAUAUUUUUUGCAAAAUCCAUUAAAAGAAAAUAAACAUGACCGUCUAAGCAGUUGAGCUGAAAUAAUCAUGCCCCCCCCCCGAAUUUCCCAAAAGUUGUUCCAUAUCAUUUUAUGAAAGAAAGUGUGUGACUACAUAGUUUACCCAUCACAUCAUGUUCUUAAGAAUUAAGAAUCUAGCAUUAAGAAUAUGUUGAAGUUGUGCCAUGUCAUUCAGAAUUACACAAAACCAUUUUACAGAAUCAGUCAAAGAAUCAGUGUUUUAAGCAGUACUAAAUCAUUUAAGACUGUUAAGCUUGAACCUGCGAAAUGUAACUUAUAAAAUAUCUAUUUUUUAGAUAUUGUUUGUAUUCUGUAAGAGUUUUGUAUAAGAUCAUUAAAAAGACAAGAAGUUA